GGCAGAGGUCCUGGCUCUUACCUCCUCUCCUUCCUCCAGCCUCUCCACUCCGCUCUCGGGAGCAACAAGGGAGCUCUUUUUCCCUUUUCAAUGGCCCCGCCUCGCUUGGGGUUUCUGAUCCUCCUGGCUUGCUGCUUCUCCCUCUCCGAGUCACAACUCCUGGACUGGGUUUGGGACAGCAUGAAGACGACAGGAAGCCCAGCAGCACCUAGCAAGGGAAUCUCAGCGUUUGAGCCACCAACCUCGGCAGCAGCUCCAGCUCCCAGCCCGUCCCCAGUGAUGUGGGUUGGCGAGGGUGCAGGGAAUGUCACCACCCCACAGCGGCAGGAGCCAGAUCCUGCUACAGCAGUGCCUGUGGGUGAGGGAACCACAGCCAAAACCACGGAGCAGUGGGACAGGAGUGCCACUGGGCUGCUGCAGAGCACGGCAGGGCCAAGCAUCUCUCCUUCCCACAGCAUGUCACCUGCCCUGGGUCAGCAGGUGGCCAGCAGCCCCAGUAAUGAGCUCCAGCUCCUGGGAACAGGGACCCCCAAGGACCGUCAACUCCUGGGGUCAGAAACCUCUAAGGACCCCCAGCUCCUGUGGUCAGAGACCACUGAAGACCACCAGCUCUUGGGGUCAGGUACUACUGAGGACCUGCAGCUUCUGAGGAUGAGGACCACCAAAGAACCCGAGUUCCUGGGAUCAGUGACCCCCAAGGAGCUCCUGGAGUCAGCUACUACUGAGGACCUGCAGCUGCUGGGGUUGGGCACCGCUGAGGACCCACAGCUCCUAGGGAUGAUGAGUACCACAUACCGGCAGCUCCUGGUGACAGGGCACACCAAGGACCCUCAGCUCCUAAGGACAGGGACCACCGAGGACCCACAGCUCCUGGGAUGGGGGACCACUGAGAAUCUGCAGGUCGUGGCAGUGAGGAGCACCGAGGAGACACAGCUCUUGAGGACAAUGACCACUGAGAGUUCAAAGCUCCUGGGGGACACUGAGAAUCCACAGCUCCUGAGGACAGUGACCGCCAAGAACCUAGAGCUCCUGGGGGCAGGAACUCCUCCAGCAAUUGAGACACAGGUGUCCUUGCAGAGACCAGCGGGUCCCCGGACAGAGAGCCUGAGUGCCGAGGUCAGCCUGCUGGAGCUGAUCGGGGACCCACCAACGGAGGAGAUCCACAGAAUUUAUGGCCCCGACAACAACCCUGGCUAUGUCUUCGGUCCCAAUGCCAACACGGGCCAAGUGGCCCGGUAUCACCUGCCAAGCCCUUUCUACCGGGACUUCUCGCUGCUCUUUCACAUCCAACCCACCACACCCCGGGCCGGUGUGCUCUUUGCCAUCACAGACUCCUUGCAGAGCAUCAUCUAUGUGGGUGUCAAGCUCUCGGAGCUGCAGGCAGGCCAGCAGCAGAUCAUCUUCUACUACACGGAGCCCGGCUCGCCCAGCUCCUACCCGGCCGCCACCUUCACUGUGCCCACCCUGCUCAACCAGUGGACGCGCUUCGCCAUCAGUGUGGAGGAGGAGGAAGUUAUCCUCUACUUGGACUGUGAGGAGCAUGAGCGUGUACGCUUUGAGCGCUCCCCGGAUGAGAUGGAGCUGGAAGAAGGCUCCGGGCUCUUUGUUGCUCAGGCUGGAGGGGCUGACCCAGAUAAAUACCAGGGAGUGAUUGCAGAUUUGAAGCUCCGAGGGGACCCACGGGCGGCUGAGCGCCAGUGCGAGGAAGAGGAGGAUGAUGCAGAGGUCUCCGGGGAUUUUGGCAGCGGGAUGGAAGGUGGACAGCAGCCCUCUGGCAAGGUCGAGGCUGUCCCAGGGCUGGUGGAUGCUGUCCCCGUGACCUCACCCCCUGUGGCUGGGGGCAGUGGCCCGAGGAGUGGCGGGGGGUCCCUGCAGCAGGCUGAGAGGACCAGGGCGGAGGAGACACUGCGGGUCUCCACGGGAGGCACCAGCUGGAAAGGCGAAAAGGGGGAGAAGGGGGAGCGUGGCAUGAAAGGGGACUCAGGCACUGGUGGCAUCAUAGGGCCAGGCAGUGUCAAGGGUCAAAAGGGGGAGAAAGGAGACCUGGGCAUCAAGGGCAGUGCUGGAUUUGGCUACCCUGGCUCUAAGGGCCAAAAAGGAGAACCAGGUGACCCUGGACCCCCUGGGACCCUCUCUCGGCAUGCUGAUGGCUCAGUGGUGAAGCAGGUCACCGGCCCCCCAGGGCCACCAGGGAAGGACGGAGCCCCUGGCAGGGAUGGCGAGCCUGGAGAUCCUGGCGAGGACGGCAAACCCGGUGAAAUGGGGCCCCCAGGGUUCCCUGGGAUGCCAGGGGAGCCAGGCCUGAAGGGGGAGAAGGGUGACCCAGGUGUGGGGCCGAGGGGACCCCCUGGACCACCUGGCCCUCCAGGACUGCCAGCACCCUCCUCCAAGAAUGACAAGCUGACCUUCAUUGACAUGGAGGGCUCUGGCUUUGGCAGUGACCUGGAGAGCCUGCGGGGUCCACGAGGGCCACCUGGUCCCCCAGGGCCACCUGGCGUGCCUGGUUUGCCAGGGGAGCCGGGACGGUUUGGGAUGAACCGCACGGACCUGCCAGGACCACCAGGGUUGCCGGGCAGGGAUGGGAUCCCUGGGCCCUUGGGUCCAGUGGGUCCUCAGGGUCCUUCAGGAAGAGACGGGGAGGCCGGGCAGCCAGGGCCCAAAGGCGAGCGGGGCGAUGUGGGUGACCUCGGCCUCCCUGGCCUGCCGGGACCCAAGGGCAGCAAAGGAGAAAUGGGACCAGCAGGACCCCCAGGAGAAAUGGGUUUAGCUGGCCUUCCUGGGCCCAUCGGACCCCAAGGGCAGCCAGGGCCCCCCGGCCCCCCAGGACCACCAGGGCCAGGCUACGAGGCUGGAUUUAGUGACAUGGAGGGCUCGGGGCUGCCAUUCACCCCUGGACCACCUGGACCUGAAGGACCACAGGGUGUGCCGGGACUGCCAGGGGUGAAGGGACAGGUCGGCAGCCCUGGACAGCCUGGCUUGCCAGGACCAAAGGGAGAUGCUGGCAUGCCUGGUGUGGAUGGCCGCCCUGGCCUGGAGGGCUUCCCUGGACCACAGGGACCCAAAGGUGACAAAGGCAGCACCGGUGAGAAGGGAGAGCGAGGCCAAGAUGGAGUGGGGCUGCCUGGCCUGCCUGGACCACCUGGUCCCCCUGGACAGAUCAUCACUGUCUCCAGUGAAGAUAAGUCCUUGGUGGCUUUUCCUGGUCCAGAGGGCAGACCAGGCCAUGCUGGCUUCCCGGGUCCAGUGGGACCAAAAGGAGACCAGGGGUCAACUGGUCUCCAGGGUGCCCCAGGGCUGAAGGGGGAGAAGGGGGAGCCUGGCGUCAUCAUCAGCCCCGACGGGACUGUGGUCACUGCCAAGAUGAAAGGAGAAAAGGGGGAGCCGGGGCUGCGGGGCCCGAUGGGACCAUCGGGUCCCCCAGGACGAGCAGGGAUGAAGGGAGAGAUCGGCUUUCCAGGCAGACCUGGACGUCCUGGCAUGAAUGGGCUGAAGGGUGAGAAGGGUGACCCCGCAGACAUGCUGGACUCACGGGGCCCCCCAGGCCCCCCAGGACCCCCUGGGCCCCCUGGGCCACCUGGCAGCAUAGUCUACAACAAUGGCAAUACCUUCAGCGACUCCAGCCAUCCAACAUUCCCCGGUUUCCACCAGUUCCCAGGACAAAAGGGAGAGAAAGGUGACACUGGACCCCCAGGACCCCCAGGCCAGUUCCCCUAUGACACAAGUCACUUCAGUACCAGCCUGCGGGGUAACAAGGGGGAUGCAGGUCCCAAGGGUGAGAAGGGUGAGCCGGGCAGCAUCCCACUCUAUGGUCCUGGAGUCUCUGGGCUUCCAGGGCCUCCAGGGCCCCAGGGAUACCCUGGACUGCCUGGUCCCAAGGGGGACAGUAUUGUUGGGCCACCGGGGCCUCCAGGACCUCAGGGUCCUCCUGGGAUCGGAUACGAGGGGCGGCAAGGCCCCCCUGGCCCUCCUGGUCCACCCGGGCCACCCUCCUUCCCAGGUCCCCACAGACAAGCUGUUAGCAUCCCUGGACCCCCAGGACCACCGGGACCCCCUGGACCACCAGGCACUAGCAGGAUGUCCUUGGGGUUCCGGGCUGUGCCCACAUACCAGGCGAUGCUGAGCACCGAGCAGGAGCUGCCUGAGGGUAGCCUCAUCUUCCUGACUGACCGGCAGGAGCUCUACAUCCGCCUGCGAGGGGGUUUCCGCAGGGUGCUGCUGGAGGAGCACAACCUGAUCCCCAGUUCAGCUCUGGACAACGAGGUGUACGACAAGCCACCCACCCUCCACUACGCCGGCCCCCAGCCCCGUGGGCCCCUGCACCCGCUCCGCAACCACGUCCCCCCGGCCACCGCCCGUCCCUGGCGUGGGGACGAGGUGGUGGCCAACCAGCACCGCCUGCCUGAGCAGCCCCUGCUCCACCACCAGCAAGAGCUCAUCAAUGGCUACUACAUCCACCGCAGACCAGACCCUGCUCCCCUGGCCGCCCACGUGCACCAGGACUUCCAGCCUGCACUUCACCUGGUGGCCCUAAACACCCCGCUGAGCGGCAGCAUGCGCGGCAUCCGGGGCGCCGACUUCCAGUGCUUCCAGCAAGCCCGGCAGGUCGGGCUGGCUGGCACCUUCCGCGCCUUCCUGUCCUCGCGCCUGCAGGAUCUCUACAGCAUUGUGCGCAGAGCUGACCGUGCUGCCGUCCCCAUCGUCAACCUCCAGGAUGAAGUGCUCUUCAAUAACUGGGAAGCCCUUUUCACGGGCAGUGGGGCCCCGCUGCGAGCCAGCACCCGCAUCCUCUCCUUCGAUGGCCGGGAUGUCCUGCGGGAUGCAGGAUGGCCGCAGAAGAGUGUCUGGCAUGGCUCGGAUGCCAAGGGCCGACGCCUGCCUGAAAGCUACUGCGAGACAUGGCGGACAGAGGAGCGUGCAGUCACCGGUCAGGCUUCCUCCCUGGCCUCUGGAAAACUCCUGGAGCAGGUGGCCAGCAGCUGCCAGCACACCUUCAUCGUCCUUUGCAUUGAGAACAGCUUCAUGACCUCCACCAAAAAGUGA